AUGUUAGAGUGUUCAGGACAUGAAUAUAGGGGGGGAAAAAUCUGUGAAACAGCAGCUAAAAUUCAUAGUGCUAUCUUGCUCAUCUUGUUAACUGUCUUCAUCUCUAUUAAGUCUCUUAACUCAUCACUUUCUGAAGCCAUGCAAUUCUUUAAUAUCUUGGUCUCUCAUCUUCCUAAUAAAGUUUUAAGGAGGAGUGAAAAUACAAAUAUUCAGAGAGUACUGUUUGAACGACUUUUUUGUGCUGUUUCUAAAAAUUUUAUUUUUAAAUGUUCAUCCACAGAAAAACCUAAUAUUGUCCUAUAUGGUUGCUUUUUUUUUUUACCUAAAUGGUUGACACCUAAACUCACUAGCUGUCGCAUAAUAUCUCUUUGA